AUCCUAACAGUGUGUUCUCUUCUCUCAUUACUUCACUACAGAAAGUAGGAAUAAAGAGCAUGGCAUCUAAAAUAAUGGAAAAUUUAAAAAUGAAAGGUGGUCAUGUUGAUCCUAAUCUAGAGCAGCAACCAUCAGUCAGUAAGGGACCACUUCAACCAGUGGAUGUCACUGCACAAUCUCACACACCACAACCAACAAUCACUGGAUCACAAUCAUCUACUCCUACUACUGUCAUUGAGCUCAGUUCAAAGAGUGAAGUUGCUGCCAAUAUUGGAAAUCUUCAUUCUUGUUUUGCAUCUCUUGAUUUCAACAUGAGAGGAGAGUUUGAGGAUCUGGUUAAAAUGGGUAAAGUAAAGCUUCAAGAUGUAGCUAGAAGAGCAGCUAUUUAUUUAAAAGUCCCAGUAUCAAGCUUAAAGUUUGGUGACGUUGAUGAAUUAUUUGAUUCUCUUCAGCCUCAUUAUGAUUUCUUCAGUUGUGGUGUACUUAAACACUUGACAGACACUUACCUUUCAAAUGCACAAACUGAACUAACUCAAUACAUUGAUAGUGUUGAUAAAUUCUCAGAAUCAUCACAAUUGAAGCACAUACGAUCAGUUAUUGAUAAAGAAGUUCCAUUUUUAGAUUCAUUGACCACUAAACCAAUUGUUAUCAAACUAAAUGGACGAUGGGACGAAAUGACAAUCAAGAACUUUAAAAGUGUCCUUCAAUAUUACUUUGAACCAGAAAUCGAAAAUCUUUUUAGUUAUAUUUCGAUCAAGAAAGGCUCAGUCAUUGUUACACUGUUAAUACCAACCUCACUAUCACAGUCUCUUAUUGAUGCCAUCAAUAACAAAACAAACUCAAUGAGUAGAUUAGGAAUAUUAGAAAUUGCUGUUGACAAUAAAGCGAUUCCUAUCAGAAGAAAAGACAAUAAUAAUUUUGACGUUUCGCUUCAUGAAUCAGUUAAAGCUGGUGAUAGUUUUGAAGUAUCAAUGCUACUGCAGUUAGGAGCUGAUCCUAACAGUAAAGAUGAGAAAGGAAAGAGUGCAGUAGAGAUAGCUAAGCAUAGAGGGCACACUCAAAUAAAAGAAAUACUAUUAACUGGUGGAGGUGAGUUAUUUGAUACUAAUAUUAAUACACAUACAUAAUAUACCAUUAAUACAGUA